CAUCUGUCGCCUAGUCCCCUUCCGUGUGCUCCACUUGGUUUUAGUCCUUGCAUCUCUUUCCUUGGGCAGGUUGGGGACACGCCAGUAUGUCCUGGCACUGCCAGGGGAGCACAAGUGACAGCCUUGAUUUGGCUUUUUUAUUAAAAUUGUUGCUUUUCUUACUGGGCAAUGAAUUAACACCCUCCCUGGCUCUCAAGUGUUGAUUAUCAAGGGUCCUCCUUAGGAUUUAUGGAGCCGACACAGUGUAGUAAAGUGGUGCGCCUAUGCCGGAUGGAGAGGGGGAUGAUUUUCUAGAGAUGUGAUUUCAUAAUCUUCAGCAACACCAUAAUGAACUAUUUUGAAAGCGGAUUUUAACCUAAGGUCCUGUCGGCUAACACAGUAAAUUCAGAGGAUACUUGUGGCUGGGAAAUGUUAAAUAAUUGCAUGCUGGGUGCUUUCCCUUCCCCAGGUUUGUGCUGUGCUGUAUCUCCUUGUUUAAAAGACAAAUCAGGAAUAUGAACUGUGUGAAACAACCCUGUGCCUAAAAGUGAAACUUCACAACACUCUGUGUCACCGCGCCGAAGUCCCCGACUCGAGACUGGCAAUGUACUGACAGCUGCACGGCUGACUCACUGCUCGACCUUAGUAGGGCACGUGAAGCGGGGGGAGAGCCCUGGAGCAUGGAGCCGGUUGCCCUGUGCAUGGAUUCUGCAUCUCAGUGACUUCGCCUCGCCACGUGGGGACAAGGCGUGCGCCGCCGAUUAAAAAUGGCAGCCAGCACUUCUCCGUUGGACCGUGAGAGGAGACUUCAGAGCGUCUGGCUCGUGGGCGCCCUGGACUUCGGCUGUCUGGGGGGCGCAACCAUCUAAUGUGAAAGCGGCGCGCGGGCAGCAUGGCUCCGAAAGUGUGGGUCAGCAUGCUCUUCCACAAUCGCCGCGCCCAGCUCCUGCUGGUCAACUCCCUGACGUUUGGCCUGGAAGUCUGCUUGGCUGCGGGGAUCACGUACGUGCCACCGCUCCUGCUGGAAGUGGGGGUGGAAGAGAAGUUCAUGACCAUGGUUUUGGGGAUCGGGCCCGUCCUGGGCCUGGUCUUUGUACCGCUGAUCGGCUCCGCCAGCGACCACUGGCACAGCAGCUAUGGCCGCCGGCGGCCCUUCAUCUGGCUUUUGUGCCUGGGCGUCCUGCUGAGCCUUUUCAUCAUCCCCCAUGCCGGCCGGCUGGCCGGCCUCUUCGCCCUCAGCACCCACCCCCUGGAGAUCGCCUUCCUCAUCCUGGGCAUCGGCUUGCUGGACUUCUGCGGCCAGGUCUGCUUCACGCCCCUGGAGGCCUUGCUCUCGGACCUCUUCCAGGAGCCCGACAGCUGCCGGCAGGCUUUCUCCAUGUACGCCUUCAUGAUCAGCCUGGGCGGCUGCAUCGGCUACCUGCUCCCCGCCAUCGACUGGGCCAGCAGCUUCCUGGCCCCUUACCUGGGCGGGCAGGAGAAGUGCCUUUUCAGCCUCCUCGCCGUCAUCUUCCUGGGCUGCGUCCUGGCCACCCUCUUUGUGACGGAGGAAGCCGUGGCGCAGGCGGAUGCGCUGGCGGGCCCUGCGCUGAAGGACUCUUCCCCCAAGCCCUCGCCCCCCACCUGCUGCCUGUGCCCCAUCUCCAGGAGCCUCUGGCGAGCCAGGCACAUGAUCCAGGCCUUGAGGAACCUCUGCGCCUUGCUCCCGCGGCUCCACGGCCUCUGCUGCCGCAUCCCCAAGGUGAUCCGGCGGCUCUUCGUGGCCGAGUUGUGCAGUUGGAUGGCCCUCAUGACUUUCAUGCUGUUCUACACGGACUUUGUGGGCGAGGGGCUGUACCAGGGGGUUCCCAGGGCCGAGCCGGGCACAGAAGCCCGACGUCACUACGAUGAAGGUGUUCGCAUGGGCAGCCUGGGCCUAUUCCUACAAUGCGUCAUCUCCAUCUUCUUCUCGACAGUCAUGGACCGGCUGGUGAAGCAGUUUGGGACCCGGGCAGUCUACCUGGCCAGCGUGGCCUUCUUCCCCCUGGCUGCCUUUGUCAUGUGCUUCUCCCAGAGUGUCCUCAUUGUCACCAUCUCGGCCGCCCUGACGGGCUUCACUUUCUCUGCGCUCCAGAUCCUGCCGUACACGCUGGCGUCGCUGUACCACCAUGACAAGCAGGUAUUUUUGCAUAAGUACAAAAGCAAAGAGGAGGAAGAUGCUGCUCAGCAGGACAAGAAAUCAGGUUUCCCCAAAGGCCCCCUCUCCAGCCAGAAGCCAACCUACCAGAACGGCCAUGCUGGGGGCCUCUUCUCCUCUUCCCCUGCAGCCGCCAGCUCGGCCCUGUGCGUGGGCUCCCCCUGCGAGGUCUCGCUCCUGAUGAGGGCGGGAGACUCGGACCCAGCAGCGCCCGGCCGAGGGAUCUGCCUGGACCUGGCCAUUUUAGACAGCGCCUUCCUCCUUUCUCAGGUUGUCCCGUCUCUCAUCAUGGGAUCGAUUGUCCAGCUGACCCAGUCGGUGACAGCCUACAUGGUAUUCGCCACCGGCCUGGGCGUGGUGGCAAUUUACUUUGCAACCAAAGUUGUCUUUGAUAAAAGCGACAUGGCCAAGUAUUCGGUGUAACAUGAGGUACGUGCGCACGGGGUGCGCGGCCACCCGGUACGCACGCGUGUGCUGCCCCUGUGUCCUACGGCAGGCUGCACGUGGGACACACCUCCUUUCCUGUGUCUCCUGCUGUGCCUGUGGAAAGGCUGUUGGGCUCAGCGUGGGUGUAUUGCAAAGGGCUCCGGGCUGCCGUAUCUCCCACCCUCAGGUCUUCCUGCCUGCCUGUGCAACACUGCUCUUAGACAAGGAGAGUAUCAAAGAGGACCAAUGAGGUGAAAAGAGAAGAGUUUCCCUUCAACCCCAAAGUUAAAUUUCUGCGUGGUCCCCUCGAGGGAGGAAGGGCGAGAGGUGGUGACAUCCUGAAGGCGGAGUGCUCUUAGUUAGGGAUGUAAAUUAGGGAUGUUAAAUAUCGGUUAAUUGAAUAGUCGAUUAACCUCAUGAUUUCUUCUCGGUUACUCGACUAUUCUGUAGUCCCCCAGGAUGGGGGCAGAGGACCCCCUCCUGCCACUCCGUAUCAGAGGCAGCAGCGCGGGGUGCCAGGCAGGAGCUGGUCUGUGAGGGGAGCCAGUUUAAAAACCGGCUCCACGCGAGGCAGCAGUGUGGGGUGGCAGCAACCCCUGUCUGGGGUGGGGAGGAGCUGAGCUCCCAGACCCGGAACUGAGACAGGCUACCCGGGGUAAGACCUGGCACGAGGCAAGACUGAGCCAGGCUGCUGGCCAGCCUGCCAAAAAAUCUACUGGAGGGGAGGGAGAAAUGCGUCAGCUAUAGCAUUAAGCGAUACGCUUUUGCUUAUCGGUUAAUCGACGACCCUAUUACAUCCCUCAUGUAAAUAACCCUUACGAAUGGGAACAAUAUGGCCGGCUAACCUCAGGCCAUAGCAUGGCAGGGGCUGCUCCGGCCCUGCUCAGGGUCCAGCCGUGGGGGCUGGAGUGUGCUACUCCUGCUGGCUGGGCCCUCUGGUGACCUGGUAAGCAAGCUGGUAAGGCUAAUGCUUCCCGGGUAACUAGUUAACCAUUUCACCUUAACAUCCCUAGUUAGGUUUGAGCCUGAGUUCAAACCCCGGGCUUACACCGCAUGGUAGACAUGCCAACAAAGUCUUCCGUUGGUUAAACUGCACCUGCUGCUCCUUGCCAUGUUAACGUCACGAGUCCUCGGGGAAAGGAUCCUGCCCAGAAAUGCCAGUUUGGGCCUAAUCUCUAUUGAAAACCAAACUAUCUGGGCCUCUGAGAAUCUCCCUCAUUGUUUGUUUUUAAAAUCCUUGGUUCUUCUGCUUCUUUGUUGACAGUGUGGCUCUUUUCCCCUGCCCCUGCGGAUCUUUCUUACUGCGGGGAGCCCCAUACAAAUGCCCCACUCCCUAACUUUUAAAUGGGAUUCAAGCUGGAUUCUCUAACCCUGGCCCAAAGAGUCAUCCCAAUAAGCCACCUGCCAAGCAAGGGGUCCAUGCCCCCCUGUCCCAAAGGAAGGGGAGAAAAGGGAAGGGCAGUCACAGGGUCCAGCAGCCAGGCCAGACCUAGUGUGGAACUUGGACCUAUCACAGCAGAACCCCGUGGGUAAUGGGGUGGGAGACGGGUUCUCGUGUGCCAGUGGAGGAUUUUAGCUUCCAGUACUCCCAAUCUCUCUAACCUAGAGCCUUUGCUGCCUUGGCCCUGUACCAAGCUACUCUGUUUUCCAGCUCUAGGGAGGACCCUCCCAAGGAGCCCGUAGGCGGUUUGGAGUCUCCGCCCAUGCACGUGUCUGGAACAAACCGCUCCAGAUGUGUGUGUCAGAGCACCCCUCCCUGGCCAGGCUCCUGGAAGUAAAUCUCCAGCUCGCUGAGUCGAAAUGUGAUCUGGGUCCAAAGGGCUGCGGCUUCUGAUUCCAUAGAUAAAAUAUUUGGGGGGCAGG